GCUGACGAAUUGACAGAGCUCAGUGUACGCUAACGCUUCCUUCCAUGUGCAUACACAAUUGCUGGAGUUCUCUAUAGUAACUCCGAACUGAGCAAGUGCUGCUGCGCUCGAUAAUCGACGACGGAAAGUAAAUUCGCGAGUUCCUUCGAUUUUUAUUUCGGCUAUGUAAAUUAGAUUAUUCUGAUCGUUAAUUUGCGAUAUAUUUCGACGACAGAGAAAAAAAAAAAAUUAACGGUCUGCAAGAUUGUGAUGUUAGAAGCCAGUGUCCCUUCCCGAUGUGUGAUGAUAAGACGCGAUUGUGAUUGUGGGUUAUUAAUUUUUAUCACAUGCAGCAAGUUCUUUGUUGACAUUUGAUGGGACGAAGAUUAGGGGCAAUGAUCGCUUUUCUCAGUAAUCUAUGGCAAUGAAUUUAGUUUUGGUUUACAUUGAAGAUAGAGAUUAGAACACGACACAAGUGAUAUGAACGUGAUAAAGUGCAAUUGAUAAGAUCACACAUAAGUGGAUAUCCAAUCGUACCGAUUUGAGUGUGCGCUUACAAAGAACAAGGUUCUCUACAUGAAACGUCAUUAUUUUGUUCAACAAAUGAACACCCGACCGCGAGUUGACCCAGACGGGGUACACAAGAUAAGUUCCAGAACCAAAGACGGUGGGCCUAAAGGAAUGGCCAACGUUGCGUUUGAAGGGACUGACGAAGUUGGUGGUACCAUCUAUGGACCUCCGGAUUAUGGGAUAGUAAAUAUUUACCAGAAAGCGACCGAAGGUUCGCCUGUCGGGGGUAAAGCUUUGUAUAACGGCGGUGAUGAUAGGAGUGACAAUGGCAGUAAUGUAACGGCCGCUGACGAUGAUAGUGACAUAAUUUCAGAGUAUAUCGGUCAUUACGGCCGAUGGCAAUUCGGUUGGACUUUUCUGCUCUGUUUGUUCCAGAUUCCGGUAACCUUCCAUAUUUUCUGCUUGGUGUUUCAGGCCGCCGUUCGCGACUACUGGUGUGCUCGACCCGAUCAUCUACGCGCAAUACCGUUGGAGCUGUGGCGCAACCUGACGCAGCCGGACGGGGGUCGAUGUUCGCUCGUGAACGCUCCCUAUCAUCAGCUAACCGAGCUGAACUUCACCGAUUAUUUCCUAACGGUGAAUGCGUCCUCGCUGGAGCAGGUCAGUUGCAGUGGUUACGAGUUCGAUUCACGCAUUUUCGGCCCAACCAUUAUCAGCGAGUUUGGAUUGGUCUGCGACCGGGAGCACAUGAACAGCAUCGUGGAAAUGUGCUUCCUUGCUGGAGCUGCAAUGGGUAGCGUGGGAAGCGGAUGGAUCUCGGAUCAAUUUGGUCGACGACACACGCUUAUGGCUUUCGCAACUAUACAAGCUGCUACAGGCUUUUACCUAGGAUUUGUCAACUCGCUGGAAAUGUUCAUGGCAGCACGCGCGAUCCUUGGCUUUGCCUCGAUGUCCGUCACCGUGGUAAGUUUCGUGCUGGUCGUGGAACUGGUUAGCGGUAAACCACGAACGGUAAUCGGCAUCCUGAACAUCCUGCCGGUGGCGAUUUCCUACAUGCUUACCGCGGGGAUUGCAUUCUAUGUACGCGAAUGGAGACUUAUGCAGUUCGCUAUAACUGCUCCUGGCGCUGUGCUGCUUCUGAUGUGGUAUUGGGUACCGGAGUCACCCCGAUGGCUACUGGCGAAAGGGAAGAUUGAGGAACUGAAACGUCUUAUCGAUACGGCAGCAAGGGUUAAUGGACGAAGAUUACCGUUGAACUAUGAGAAAACACUAAGCAGCCCUGGUUCCGAAUGCAGCAAAGAUGUGGUGUCCGUUUUUGAUCUAUUUCAGGGAAAAAUCGUUCGAACGACCUUGAUUAUGCUGAUCGUAUGGUUCGCUAUCGUUGUGUUGUACUUCGGCAUUACGUUGCAUUUGAGCAAUCUCGGUGGAGACAUUUAUCUGAACACGGUCCUUGCAGGUGCUGUUGAAUCGAUCGCAAUCUGCCUGAGCAUCGUGGUCGUGCUAAAGCUCGGAUUACGGGUUAAUUUAUUCCUGUACAUGGCAGUUGCUGGCCUGUCGUGCAUUGUGAUGAAUUUCGUCCCGGACGGCAACCUUUGGGUUAUUAUUUUGUUGGCUAUGAUAGUAAAAUGUGCUAUCGGUGCCUGCAACGCAAUCAUUCCGACAUUCACGGCCUACCAGUAUCCAACUACGAUGAGGAACCUUGGCGUGGGCGCUGGAAAUUUGGCUGCUGGAAUCGCUCUCAUUCUUGUGCCGUACCUGUGGUUACUCGAACAUUCGGACCAAUACUUGCCGUUAACGUUAAUGGGAGCUUGCAGCAUAAUUGGAGCCGCCUCGCUACUGGCCCUGAAUGACAAGACCAGUAAAAAGCACAAACUUCAGCACAGUGCAAGCGAAAGUGUGGCUAGUGUGAUCACAGUGUCCGCCGACGACCAAACAAGGCGCAUUGGCAAACAUUUUCCGAAGGACAACAACGAAGCCGGUGUAACCAACAUUGGAUUCACGCAGAAUGAAAGCAUGUUUCUGUAGAAAACACAUAGCUGCAGAGCUGUUUGAGUAUGUUGAACGUACAGGAGAGCAGCGCAGACAGGGUGACUCGCAAGCACAGGUUGACAUGUUUAUUAGUGUAGAUCAAACACCUUUACUGAUAAAGUUAAUUGGAAUUGCGUUAUAUGAGGUUGAAGUUAUAAAAAUAAUGGUACUUUGAACGCCAUUUAUGCAGUCUUGAAAAAAAAAAUUGGGGUAUCAAAGCUAAUUAUCAAGAGAAACAAAUGCCUUUUUUGGAAACUCAGUUAACUUGGACCCUUACACGCAGCAAAAUUUCAUAGUUUGACUACCUGAAUAUGCAGAAACAACACAUGAUACAAAGUACAAGUGGAUUAAGUGGGGUUGCUAGUGUUCAUUAGGCUUUCGACCUUAUUUAUAUCAUCUCACGCUAGUAGUAAGCUAAGCAUGUUUCUAUGAAUAUACUAAUUCCAUCCAUCCUUGCAAAUAUAACUAGUGUUCGAUAAAUGUUAAUCUUAUUAUUUGUUUAUAUGUUAAUCAAAAUUCACUCCAACGAAUUUAGUACGUGUAUAUGCCACUACUGGAGUAAUGUAUUAUAUUUUCUAUACACUGUACAGUAUACCUAUAGUGGACCUUCUAGAAUAAGACAUAAACAUGGGCAGUUAGUAGGAUCAUACAGAUAUUACAGCAAGAAUGCACAAACUUGUUAGGCAUCGAACAUUGUUUGUUUGAAAAUAUGCUAUUUUACAUUGAGUAUUCAAAACUUGGCUACUUAAAGUAUUAUUUGUACAUGAUAUGUAAUUUUACGUUGUAUUUAUGUUGAGUUAUUACACUUUCGA